AUGAGACAUUUGCUGAGGCUUGGAGAGCUUGUGGAAAACAUUGCAAACUCCAAUGGAAGCUAUGGAGAAGAGUAUGAUCGCACCAAUCGGAGCUCGACCCACCACUCGAUCGAGUCGGAUGAGAAAUUGAGAAAAGAUGUUAAAGCAUUGAAUGAGAAGUUGGAUAAGCUGAUCUUAGCUCAGUCCACAAUGAAGAAAGUCAACUUUGUGUCUGCUGAAGAGAUGGAACCAGUCCAAGAAGGGGAGGAUACACAAUUUGCUGAAGUGUGCUACAUGAGCAAUGGGCAAGGAGGUUACAACAAAGGAUACUAUAAUUACAAGUCCAACCCAGUCAUGUCAUACCGACAACACUGA